AUGGACGACGGUGAGCUUGAGUCCUCGAACCAGGAAGCUUUUUCGAAUUCGAAUAUGCCUGAGUUUCCUCCUAGCAACUGUUCGAUGGAUUCUUUCUUCGAUGAGCUUCUUAGGGAUUCUCAUGCUUGUACUCACACUCACACUUGUAACCCUCCUGGACCAGAGAACACACAUACUCACACUUGUCUCCAUGUGCACACCAAGAUUCUUCCUGCGCAGAGCGACGACAAAGUUUCCACCGAUGACACAUCGGAAUCUUCAGGGAAGAAGAGUAAGAAGAGACCUUUGGGGAAUAGAGAAGCGGUUAGAAAGUAUAGAGAGAAGAAGAAAGCUAAAGCUGCUUCGUUGGAGGACGAAGUCAUAAGGCUUAGGGCGGUGAAUAAUCAGCUGUUGAAGAGGUUGCAAGGUCAAGCUGUGUUGGAAGCUGAGGUUACGAGGCUCAAGUGUUUGCUUGUUGAUAUAAGAGGAAGAAUCGAAGGAGAGAUUGGUGCAUUCCCUUAUCAAAAACAUGCGGUUACAAACCCACCCUUCUCAUUUACGAUGCAUCCGUGCAAUAUGCCAUGCGAUGUUGACAACUUGUACUGCCUUCAAAAUGGGAACAGCGGAGCAGGUACAUCGAUGAAUGAGCAAGGGCUAAAUGGUUGUGAGUUUGACCAACUAGAAUGCUUUGGUAAUCAGAAUUUAGCUAGCAAGGAGAUCCCUGUCUGUAGUAAUGGAAAUGGAACAUUCAAUGUCAAUGCAUCCAUCGCUAAUAAGAGAAAAGGUAAGUUCUAA